CUCUUCUACUUUGCAUGCCAUCACUUGCACGUACUAGGCUCUCACAGAUCACUCGACAGCUCUCAACAACAAUCUCGUCCAACGCAAUGCAGCCUCUCAAGCUCUACUCGGCUCCCACGCCCAACGGCCAGAAGGUCCACACCUUCCUCGAAGAGCUCAAGGCAGUCUACGGAGACAAGUUCCAGUACGAGUACCACGCCGUCUCCCUCAAGGAGAACCAGCAAAAGGAGAAAUGGUUCCUCGACAUCAACCCCAACGGUCGCAUUCCCGCCCUGCAGGACCCCAACAGGGACAACUUCAACGUCUUCGAGACGGCAGCCAUCCUCCUCUACCUCGAGAAGCACUAUGACCCUGAGCACAAGUUCUCCUGGCCUUCCAGCAAUCCCAAGGCUGACGACUACAGGAACGAGGUGCUUCAAUUGAUGUUCUUUGUCCACGGUGGCGUCGGGCCCAUGCAGGGCCAGGCCAACCACUUCUACCGAUACGCGCCAGAGAAGAUCCAGUACGGUAUUGACCGAUACCAGAACGAGACGAUUCGCCUCUAUAGCGUGCUCGACAAGGUCCUCGAAGGACGCGACUGGCUCGUCGGGGACGGCAAGGGUCAAUUCUCCCUGGCAGACAUUAACGCUUACCCAUGGGUACAGUGGCACAAGUGGGCCGGCGUCAAGGACCUGCCUUCCAACGUGGCUGCUUGGGUCAAGCGCAACUUGGACCGCCCCGCUACCAAGAAGGGCAUGUACCUCCCCGACGGCAAGCACGAGCUCCUCGACAAGAUCCUGGACCCCAACUUUGAUGGCGAGGACGAGGAGACCAAGGCUCACGCAAAGGAGUCGAGCGCUUGGGUUAUGAAGGGCAUGAAGGAGGAUGCGGAGAAGAACAAGAAGUAAGGGGCAGGGCAGUGGAAAGCAAUCAAGUCAAGGGAGAUUAUGUCGCUCUGCGAUCCGUAGCAAAUUCGAUUGUGACCGUUCAGUCUUCCCACCGAGCGCGAUAGUUGUGCGACUCGACUUCACAAGGCAGGCGUUGAUCACGAUCGAUGAUUGCUAGUUGGUAUACAAGUACAGUUGAGUCUACCACUCAUGGAGAAGGUAGAGCCGUGUAAAGAAUGACAUCAUUGCCUGCC